CUAACUCGAAAGAGGAAACUGUAACGUAGUGCUCUACGUACCACAUUAAUAACACUGCCUCAACCAGUGGGCGUGACAGCGGCUGCUAACGUUAGCAUUAGCCUUGACAUAGUAACUUACUUUGUUAUUGCUGCUCAUAAACGUUUCUCCAAACACUGAUAUAAUUUACUGCGGUCCGUUGUUUGGAGGUUGAGGUUUUGCUUUCACACACCGUCAAUUCCAGCUUCCACGACUCUUUUUUGUACUUUGUAUGUAUGCAUUUGCUGGUAAUCGGUGUGUUUGCUUUAUAAUAUUUGCGCUGAGCUGACGUGGCUUUUACUUCCUUACUUCAAACCGAUGACACCUACUUCAGCGGCCUCCUACAGACGCUGCCAGCGAAGCAUCAGCACCAUCAGCCCUGGAAUGAUUAGUGAAACCAUCUAAUUUAACGACAAGCUGUGAGGGACAUCGCUCCAGUCCAAUGCGGGUGUUGGUGACAGGAGGUUCGGGCUUGGUGGGGAAGGCCAUACAGCACGUUGUGAGCCAGGAAGAGGGGUGCAGGCAGGCAGAACAAUGGACAUUCCUCUCCUCCAAAGAUGCCAACCUCAUGAGCAUGGAGGAGACACGGGCUGUGUUUCAGAAACAUCGGCCUACACAUGUGAUUCACCUGGCUGCUAUGGUCGGAGGGCUGUUCAAGAACAUGCGGCACAACCUGGACUUCUGGAGAAACAACAUCUACAUUAAUGAUAACGUGCUGCAGGCAGCGCAUGAAGUGGGUGUCGUCAAGGUGGUGUCAUGUCUUUCCACCUGCAUCUUUCCAGAUAAAACAACCUACCCUAUUGAUGAAACCAUGAUUCAUAACGGUCCACCUCACGAGUCGAACUUCGGCUACUCCUACGCGAAGAGAAUGAUUGAUGUUCAAAACAGGGCAUACUUUCAGCAAUACGGGCGCUGCUAUACAGCUGUGAUUCCUACCAACGUGUUUGGUCCUCAUGACAACUUCAGCAUCGAGGAUGGCCACGUGCUGCCAGGCCUCAUACACAAAGCUUACCUGGCUCAAAAGGAGAGCAAGCCUCUGGUGGUCUGGGGCUCCGGCUCUCCUCGAAGGCAGUUCAUUUACUCUCUAGACUUGGCUCGUCUCUUCCUGUGGGUCCUGAGAGACUACUCAGAGGUGGAUCCCAUCAUUCUGUCUGUUGGAGAGGAGGAUGAAGUGUCCAUCAGAGAAGCAGCAGAGUCAGUUGUUGAGGCGCUGGCCUUUAAAGGAGAAGUAGUCUACGACACCAGUAAAGCAGACGGACAAUUCAAAAAGACGGCCAGCAACUCAAAGCUGUGCCGCUACCUGCCAGACUUCACCUUCACGCCCUUCAAACACGCUUUAAAAGAGACGUGUGACUGGUUUGUUGCCAACUAUGACAUCGCCCGCAAGUAAUGUCUUAAAACCAUAUAACUGCCCUCUGAUGGAAGAAAAGAUGAAGACUGAGCCGGAGCAACGCGCUUCACCUGCUUCCAUCUUUGGCCUUGAAUACACCAACUUAAAUCUAUGUCUGCAUCACGUUAAUGUGUUGCAUUUAUCUGCACGGACUUGUUUCCCAUUAGUUAGAAAUGAAGCGUGCUCCAAUACGUGUGUGGAGGGUUUAUUCACUAUAGUAGUGUUAAUUGUUCUGGUUCUGUUGACUGCAUCAAUCUGGGACUGGGUGACGGUUUAUUACUGUGUUACCUUUGAAAAGGUAGGGUUUGGAAUUACGUCGUGGCCAGAAAUUAGGUUAUGGCCCAUUUUUACUCAGGAUAUUGGGCAAAAGAGCAAAAUAAAUUUUACUUGCAAUGUG